AUGUCCCUUGACCGACUAGAAGUCAAAUUGCCACCCUUCGUGCCUUCCGACCCCGAACUCUGGUUUUGCAUGGUCGACCGCAGUUUUGAGGCCUACGGAAUUACGUCUGAAUCAACAAAAUUUGGGUAUGUACUAGGCAACCUUGACCCUCACUAUGCGGCGGAAGUGCGUGAUAUCAUUGUCAAUCCCCCGGCGACUGAUCCAUAUGCCACCAUCAGGGCAGCACUCAUUCGUCGGCUGGGCAUCUCCCAAGAGGCACGGAUGAAACAACUCCUCGAGCCAGAAGAUUUGGGAGACAGGAAACCCACGCAAUUUCUGUGCCAUCUACGCGGUCUGGCCGGAACCACUAUGUCGGACAAUUUACUGCGAACCAUUUGGUCAAGUCGUCUUCCUCUUAAUAUUCAAGCCAUCAUCGCAACUAUGCGCGAUAAGAAUCUGGAUGAAACAGCGGGGGUAGCUGAUUACAUCAUGGAAGCAACGCAAACACAGUCCAUGAUAGCAACCACGGCCACACCUACUCCACAGCACGAUGCCAUCCAACAGCUGACCAACAAGGUGUAA